AGACUUCCGCACUGGGUCUGGACUGGGACUGGAGGAGCGAUGGACUGAACAUACUGGACUCGUUUUGGAGGCUUUAUUAUUACUGUGGAAUGUGUUGGAGAGCUGUGUGAGGAGGGUGAGGGGCUGAGGACUCAUCACUGGUUCUUUAAAGACUGAAGAAUCUCUCUGGGAGGAGGAGGAGGAGGAGGAGAAUGGGGGCAGGAGCACUCACCAUCUGUCACAACAAGGCAGCGGUGCAGAUCCGGGAGGACAUGAAGAAGAUGGUGCAGCUGCCCAUACUGAAGCCCUGGCCGGAUUCUGCAGCCACUACAGUCGUUAGAGGUCAGAGGGUGUUUGGUGUGUCCCUGCUGGAGACGAGAGAGCUCGGCUUGGUGAAGGAUGGAGUUCCUGUGGUGGUGAGGAAGAUGGUGGAGUAUCUGAGACAGCAUGGGCUGCAGCAGGAAGGCCUGUUCCGUGUGAGUGGGAGCGUCCGUGCGGUGGACAGUCUGAAACAGAAGCUGGACAGUGGGGAGGAUCUGGACCUUCAGAAGGAUGCUGAGGUCUGCACUGUGGCCAGUCUGCUGAAACUGUACCUGAGAGAGCUGCCCGAAGGCCUGGUCCACUCCUCCAUCCACAGAUCUCUCAUUCAGCUUCAUAACGAAUCCAGUGAAGAUGGCUUCUGUAAGGAUGCACGUGAGCUCCUGCUGCGAUUGCCGGACAUUCACUACAGCGUCCUGCGCUACCUGUGUCAUUUCCUCACCCAGGUGGAAGAGCAUCAGCAGCACAAUCGCAUGACUGCCCUCAACCUGGCAACUGUGUUCGGGCCAAAUGUUUUCCAUGUGUCCACAGGGUUUGAUGGCAUACAGGAGCAAAGCAUCUGUAAUAAGAUCAUGGCCAAGCUCAUUCAGAACUACACGUCUACUUUUGAGCCGGAUAGUGAAGAGGUGCCGCCCAUGAGCCCGGCUGCUAAUAUCAUCAUGGUUAAAGAGGCCCGCAUGGAUACGGCACAUGAAGAGAUGUCAUUAUGCUCUCCUGUUCCGAAAACACAUGUUCCUGUUCCCAGAAAGAAGAAGGCCAUGCGGAGCGGUGAAGGGGAAGGGAAGGACUCACCAAGAGAAAAAGAGCUGAACCUGGAGAACCCUGCAGCUACGCCGAGAAAAAGAAAGGUGAAGAAGGCAAGGGCUAAGGAAAUGCCCAGGUCAGUUCCUCAGUCAGGACUUACCCACUCCAGGCCUUUACCCCAACCCCCGCAGCGGAGCUCCAGCCCUGAGGUCCAUCCUCCAGUCCGAACCCAGGAGAAGAGCAUCAGCCAUCAGCCUGAGAGCAUGGACCUGACCCCAUGUGAUGCCAGCCCCGCCAGGAGCGUAGACACUGUGAACAGCUCCCAGGAGGACGAGAGGCCCAUAUCCCCUUUCUAUGUGAGCUCUCAGCUCUCUCCUGGUCACUGCAGGCCUGACUUAGCACAAUAUCUGGAGAAGACGAUCCGCUCGGCGGUGGAGCAGCAUCUCUUUGAUGUUCCCAUGCAGGCGGGUCAGGGUUCACCACAGGACUCUGAGUCAGCUGGUCAUUCCUCGUCUCCUGUGACGACGGCUCGACAGAGGAGGCGACAGCAGCGAGAGCAAGAGGACAAUCGUGAGAAAUGCAGGGAUGACAUCGAUAAGGAGAACAUCCCGUCCUGUGGUCUGAGUGCUAGCUUUAGCGGUUGCUUUAGCGUUAGCUCCAGCGAGGAGGAAGAAAGGAGAUUGUGUAGUGCUCAGGAGGGCCCCAGAACCAGGAAGCCCAAACACAACCCUACCCUUACUGAGCUGACCCACAACCAGGACCCUGCAUCCACUUUUCAGCCUCACAGAUCAUCCAGACCACAGGACAGACACCUGUCAGACAGCAUGGACUUCACAGAUAACAGGGACGACCAGAAGACGCAUGACUCAGCUCAUCCUCAGACCCCCACCAUGAAGAUCCAGGAGGCUCUCAGCGGCCCGGACCCUUCGGACGGCUGCGAGGACGUCCCUCGCCUGGACCUGUCCACUCUUACGGAGGACAGCAACUGGGGAGAUUCACCCUUCUUUAGUGCCUCUUUCCUUGAUUUCAAAAGCAUUUUCCAGCAGAGUUACUAUGAGGAACCAGUACCAGCCUACUCGUCAUGGCAGAGGGAGAGUAUGGACCGUGAGGAAGCUCGGCUCUCGCCCCACGCCGGGGGUAGACUGAUCCAGCAGCUGCUGGAAGAAGAUUCGGAUCCAAUGCUCUCCCCUCGCUUCUACGCCUAUGGCAAAUCCCAACAGUACCUGGAGGACACGGAGGUUCCCCCAUCUCCACCCAACGCACAUUCUUUCAUCAGCCGGCGGAGGAGUUCUUCACUGGGUUCCUGUGACGAUGACCGCGAGGAGCUCACCUCCGCCCAGCUGUCGAAAAAGAUCCACAACCUCAAGAGGAAGAUCCGCAAGUACGAGGAGAAGUUCGAGGAUGAACGCAAAUACAGGCCCUCACACAGUGACAAAGCUGCCAACCCCGAGGUCCUGAGGUGGAUGAAUGAACUGGCCAAGCUGCGCAAAGACCUAAAAGAACACAAACUGAUGAAGUCAGAGGAGGACCUGAGCCCUCUGCCCAGGCAGCGCAGCAACACACUGCCCAAGAGUUUCGGAUCGCAGCUGGAGAAGAAAGCCCCCGAGGCCAAAGCCCCCAAGCCCCCUGUGGAAAGCACACUGGAGUCAGUGAUGAGCAAACUGCAGGAGAAACGCUCAGAGGUGGGACGGCCUGAAGACAUCAAGGAUAUGACCCGGGAACAGAUUGCUUCAGAGAAAGUCGCUCUACAGAAAGCCCUGCUGUAUUACGAGAGCAUCCACGGGAGACCGGUCACCAAGACUGAGAGGCAGAUCAUGAAGCCGCUCUAUGACAGAUAUCGUCUAGUCAAACAAAUCCUCUGCAGAGUGUCCACCAUCCCCGUCAUUCAGGGCUCUCCCUCCAGCAAGCGCAGAGGCCCUCAGCUGCAGCCCAUAAUCGAAGGGGUUCCUGCUCUCUUCUUCGACCACAACAAGGAGGAAGAGGAUGGUUCAGAUGAAGAUGACAACAGGUCGCAGUUGACGGAGCGUCCGGAGCUGAGCAUGCUGGGAUUUCUGGACCACCUGGAUGAUGAGGUGGAUGGUUUUAUCUCACCGGUGGACGAGCUGUCGCCCUCAAAGAACACCAACGACAUGAGGCUGUCCAACCUGCACGCCGCCACCAUGCAGGAACUGGUGGAGCAGCUCCAGGAAGCUCGCGAGGAGAAGAAGCGCAUUCGCAAGAACCUGCGAGAGUUCGAGGAUCAGUUCUUCAGACAGAACGGCAGAAACGUGCAGAAGGAGGAUCGCUCGCCCCUGGCUGUGGAAUAUAACGAGUAUAAGCACCUUAAAGCUAAACUCAGACUGCUGGAAGUUCUCAUCAGCAAAAGAGACGCCUCUAAAUUCAUCUAACGCUUCCACAGACGCUCCCACAGCAGCCGCACGAGGACAACCCACCAGACAGUGUUAAUGAAGCUACCCAGCUCGUACUGAGAAUCCCGCCUGUCCCAUCAAAGGCCAUCUGUGGCUUACAGACACUUUCAGCUGAAGACCAGGCCAAAACAUGGCUGCUUCAUCCCCCCAUCACUCUCUCACUCUCUCACUUUCUCAGAGAGUGAUACCAGAGCUCCAUCCCUUUCUUUCUACUGAACUCAACUCACUGCCAGACCUACAGCUCACUACAGCUCCGACAAGUGGACUUACAACCAAAACGUCCAAUCAGCACCCAGAGAACGCUACUAACCCCGCCCACACCUUUCUAAUCUGAUGUAUCAUAAACAGUGAUUUAUAUUUAUUUCAUAGAUCCUUUUUUUUAUUAUUCUGGUUUUAUUUCAACAGAACCAGAAGAGAAGAGAUUCUGAGUCGUGGUGUGUAAUCAGAGAGGGCUGUAAAUGUUUAGUAACAAAACUGGGAAUAUGAAUUCAAGUCUUUCAAGUCUUAAUUUCUGUUGGGUUUUUUAUGAUAUUUGAAGUUGAUUUACUGCUAUUUAUCAGUGUAAAGGAUUUUGUAUCUUAAACAGAGAACGGAGGAGAAUGUUGAGAGAGGAUUGUGGAAGGAACGCUCUGUACAGAACUCCUCUGUUUCUUUAUACACUUACGGUACGAGUCCACUUUAAUCCAAGAGCAUUUUUACUCUCCGUAUGUGAGGUGUAACUUUAACAUUCUGCAAAUUCUUCUUUAAAAAAAGGUUUAAAUUUUUUUAGCUGCAAUGCAGUUUAUUCUGACUGAAAUUCUAAGUUAACUAUAUAUAUUUUAAUAGUAAUAACAACAACAUCGAUGCUACUAAAUCUAUAAGAUCAUUCUGACUAGUCCUAUUCGGCAGGAUGAUACUUUUUUUUUGCAUUUUUGGAUCUUUUGCAUCUUUUUUUGAAUAGAAGAAGUGAUAAUCAUAUUUUCACGUUUAACAUUUUUUUUUAAUAAAAAAAAAAUACCAUUCUAAUUAUUAUUAUUCUGGAAAUUCAGAAACCGCUGCUAUCAGCUAUAUAUCUAUAGCUUGUCCAUCAGGUUUGAAAGGCCUCUGUUCUGUGUGCAGUGCUCAUAUGUGAGUGAUUCAUCAGCUUAGAGCUUACUCUAAGAUCCAGCAAAAAAAAAAAAAAAAAAAAUGUUUUUUUUUUUUGGAUGAUAUCUUGUCCUUAGAAUAAUUAAUUAAUAGCAAAAACUAUCAUAUUAUUAUUUUAAGAACAGUUUAUACUACUAAUACACUGACAAUACAAUGCCAUAAUAAGGCAGUUACACAUUACUUUUAGUCAAAAUAAUAAAGAAAAUUAGAUUUUUUACACAUUUUGACAUAUAAAAAUGUUGAAAUAUCCUAAAUGAAUAAAGUGUAGGAUGAAUUGUGGGAAAUGUAAAGUUUUAAGUGGACACGUACCGUAACGCGUACUGCGUGCGAGAGCAUCAGGAGGAGCUUUCCCAUUUCAUUAUGACUGGUGCCAUAUUUCACGCACAACCUGUGGUUAUUAAUGAAAUAUUAAUAAUAGGUGUAGAGUUGAGAGUUUUGCUGUAGAUAUAUUUUUCUACGUUCUAUAGAUCUGCUGUAGUUCAUUCUCUAGUGAGUUGCUGUUGAAUCUGAUUGCAAGCAGAGUAGCCAAAGUUUAUUUUUUCUUUUUUUUUUUGUUAGCUAAAAACUGUGUAAGUGUGUGUGUGAGUGUGUGAAUGUGUGUGUGAGUGUGUGCAUGUGUUGAGAGCAGGCCAUUUUCUUCCAGACAAAAAAAUAUAUAUAUCUUAAUCCAAAAUACCAGCAAAAUCUAACAUUUGCAUCAAUUAAGGUUUUUAAUAUAUAUUUUAUUUAAAUUCUCAGUUUUUGGUUAUGUGUGUGGUCCUGUAUAGAUAAGCUGCACAGUCUCUAACAGAUUGCUGGUUGAUGAUGUUUUUGUAAAGUCACUGUGUGACAGUGACCCACGGGCCAAUCAAACCCCAGCACACUGGCUGCCCUUUCUUAUAUUGCAGAGCGAUAGUUUAUAUGAAGAGACUGGGGGCUGUCUGUUCUAUUUCCUUGUUUGUGAUUGGUUAAUAUAUAUAUAUAUAUAUAUAUAUAUAUAUAUAUAUAUAUAUAUAUAUAUAUCCUGAUUUAUAUUCACACCAACACUCUUACAGAAGUAAAGGGGCUUUUAUUUUGUAAGGGUGGAGCGAGUGAGUGCAUUAGCCUCUCCUUAGUCUUCUCCAAAAUGGAUACUUGCAGUGUGACCUUCGUUUUAUUGAACGCGAGCACUGGUGGUUUAUAUAAUGAAUAUGGGUGUGUACAUUUUAGUACAUGAUUUUAUUUGUAUUUUGUAUAUAUGAUAUAUGAUAAAGUGGAACCUAUUUUUACUGAA